AUGUCGAAAUUGCAGAUAUUCCUACAUUGUCAUCGAAGCAUAAGAAACCCAGUACCAUUCAUUCUUCCUCAACGUCGCUCAUUUUCCAGCAGCCAUGUCCGACUUCGAAUCAACAAGUUCUUCGAUUCGCCAUCAAAAGCCGUUGCGGAUAUUCGAAGCGGCGACACUGUCCUCGUUGGCGGGUUUGGACUAUCCGGCGUACCGAUGACACUGAUCAACGCGCUUCGCGACCAGCCAGAAAUCAAGGAUCUCACGGUAGUGUCCAACAACGCUGGAAUGCCGGGAAUAGGGCUCGGUCAACUACUAGACACGAAGCAGAUCGGCAAGAUGAUCGCCUCGUAUAUCGGAGAAAACAAGAAGUUCGAGUCCAUGUACUUGUCUGGCGAGCUCUCUUUGGAGCUCACCCCGCAAGGAACAAUGGCGGAGAGAUGUGCAGCCGGCGCGGCUGGGGUGCCUGCAUUCUACACGCCAGCCGCGUAUGGGAGUAUAGUGCAGACAGGAGAGCUCCCAGUGAGAUACAAGGGCGACGGCUCCAUUGAUCUCAUGUCCAAUCCUCGCGAGACACGAAGUUUCAGGGGCAAGCAGUAUCUGUUGGAAGAAUCGAUUUUCGGAGACGUUGCGCUAAUCAGGGUCGACAAGGCCGAUCGCAUGGGGAACUGCCGAUUUCGCAAAGCCCAGAACAACUUCAACGAGGUCAUGGGGAAGAAUGCAAAGUUGACGAUAGUGGAGGCGGACCAUCUCGUCGAGGCCGGAGAAAUUGCUCCAGAGGACAUUCACCUGCAAGGAAUCUAUGUCGACAGGGUCAUCAAAGCGACGGUGCCCAAGGAAAUCGAGAAGCGGACGUUCGCGAAGAGCCCGGAGGAGAAGUUGAGACAAGUGGCUGGGGCGUCGGCUCGGAGGGAGCGCAUCGUGAAGCGAGCAGCCCAGGAGCUCAAGGAUGGCAUGUACGUCAAUCUCGGCAUUGGGAUGCCAUUGCUGGCCCCCGACUUUGUGCCCGAAGGCGUCGAAGUCAUUCUUCAAUCGGAAAAUGGCAUGUUGGGAAUGGGCAGAUACCCGGAUCCUGGCGCCGAGGACCCGGAUCUCAUCAACCCAGGCAAAGAAACCGUCACGCUGAACCCCGGGGCCUCCGUCUUCGGGAGCCAUGAAAGCUUUGGCAUGAUCAGGGCUGGAAAAAUCAACUUGACCAUGCUCGGAGCGCUGCAGGUCAGCGCGAACGGAGAUCUCGCAAACUUCAUGCUACCAGGAAAGGUGAAAGGAAUCGGUGGCGCGAUGGAUCUAGUGGCGAACCCACAGGAGACCAAAGUCGUGGCUCUCAUGGACCAUGUGGACAAGCAAGGAAAUCCCAAGAUCCUUCCCGUCUGCACAUUCCCCCUGACCGGAAAGCGAUGCGUGUCUCGAAUCAUUACCGACCUUGCGGUAUUCGACGUCCGACUGGGCGGGCUGGUGUUGAUUGAGCUGGCUGAAGGAACCACCGUAGAGGAGGUCAAAAGCAAGACAGCCGCUGCGUUCACCGUUGCCGAUGAUCUGAAAACAUUCUAG